AUGGCACCUCUGGGAGGAAGGAUCAAUCAUCCCCGGAUGGAGAUGAAGUUGUUCAAGCGCCAGAGGGUGCUGAGCAGGGAUGGGCCACGGAAGCACCAGGUAGUUGGGGCCGUGAUAGAUGAAGGGACCACCUCAAGAAGCGGGCAUGAGUCCAGUACGUGCAUCAACAUCUCACUUUCUGGGAAGAAGCACAGGAAACUCCUGCAGCAGAUCCACCUUGUCCAGAAAGAAAAAGCAACCAUGAAAGGGGAAGGACCCUCCGAGUUAACCAGGACUAGUGAGCACAGACCAAAUGAUGACAAAAGAAGACAAAAGCUCCCCAGGAUGUAG